UAGUCUUACCAGGACAGGCCCUGCUGAUGUUUACAUUGCCAUAUGAAGGUUCUUGCUAAUGUGUAACCUUCUGGGCCUAUGUUAAAAUAUUAUAUGGGGUUAGAGCAGGGCCGAGGAACCUUUCUUUUUCAUUCCUGUCAGUGGUAAACUCUGUGCUGGCAGUGGGUGGGACAGAAGCCAGCUGUGGGCAGAGCCAGAAGUUGGCAUGGUUUUUCUUUCAUGCUGGGGAAGGAGCAGUUCACUCUUGCUGGAGGCCUGAGCUAAUUGUGCAUAGGGGGCUUUUGAAAUCAGGCUGUAGGACUGCAUGAAACCCACCUCUGGCUUGGAGAUGGUUCAACUUUGUGCUAUGUGCCACUAAUUUGGGUUCAGUUUUUUACUCCUGCCAAGGUGGCAGAGCCUUUGCUUUCACUAUUGUGCAUUCACUUUUUAAAUUGUUAUACAGUGCCUCAUGUACAUCACAGGUGAGAGGGCACCAUAAGCAUUGAAAAUGACAACAGCCAUGUCAUGUGGAGGCUAUAAUCUGAAUUUCAAUAGCUGGGGGUGACAAAAUGAUGGUGUGAUGGGAGAGGAAGGGAGGUAGUGAUUAUACGGAAGACUUUUCCAUUUGGGAAUUAAGAACAGGGUUUGAAAGAGGGUGGUUUUGAGGAUUGAUUUGAAAGGAGGCAGUGAUAUAUGUACCGGUAAUGCCAUUUUUGCUAGCCUCCCCCAACUUGGUGCCUGUCAGAUCUAUUUUCUACUACAAAUUCCAUCAGCUUCUUAAAUAUAUUUAUUUGUACUUUAAUCAAAUGGUCCGAGAGUAGGUUACAAAAACACCAGAGUUAAGCCAGGUACAAAUGAGAUUAAAAUCAUAAAAUGAAAUCACAAAACUAACCAAUGAUGAAGGUAACAAAAGAGCAGCACAGAACAUCAGUGCAAGAGCAAUGUAUUUAUUUGGGAAGAACGUGCUAAAUGGUCUGAAAGGCAGAAUCCCCCCAUCUUCUGCACUAUAGACCUUUUGGAUAACAACUCCCAUCAGCAACUGUUCAGCAACCUGUGCUGCCUGAGGAUGGUGGGUUUUUUAGCCCAAAAUAUUGAGGGCAACAGGCUGAAGAAGGUUGCUUCAAGGCCUGAUGUAUUUGUUCAUGUUCAGAUUCAGAACCAGGUAGAUGACUAAAAUUGUUCUUUAAUUGUUUCAAUCCUGGUGAAGUUAAAUCUCUAAUAUCUUUCAGUAAAUGGGGAUCAGGGUACACACACCCAUAUGCCCGUAAAGUACAAAAGUACAAAAAAAGUAUAUACAGUCAUACCUCAUUUUGCAUCCGCUUCAGGUUGCAUCUUUUCAGCUUGCAAACGCGGCAAACGUCCGGGUUUCGCCGCAUGCGCAGAAGUGCCACUCUGGUUGUGGACUUUUUGGGGUGCGAACGGCACCCCAGAAUGGAUCGUGUCCGCAACCAGAGGUACUACUAUAUGUUGAAAACAAGCACAGUGAGAUUUCACAACAGCAGUAAUAACAGAUAACAGAGUACACUGUUUACAGGAUCCUUGUAGGGAUAGUUGACAGAGAAAUGGAUUGUGUUCAACAUUAGCCCUACUCAGAGUGGGCCCAUUGAAAUGAAUGAACAUGGCUAAUUAGACCCUUUAAUUCCAUUGGGUUUACUCUUGUCUAGGACUUCAGACUUAACCAUAGGGUAGCAGUGCCUGGAGAUGGAAGUAUGUAAUUUGAGAAAAGCUGGAGCAUAGGUUUGUAAUGCCAGUGAAAAAGUCACCCACAAUUGGAAUGUUCUGAUUUUUCAAUGCCAGAAAAGCAGCAAUGUCACAAAAACUGGCUAGGGUGGCAAAACCUGGGUUUUGAUGCUUCCAAUUUCUCCACCCCACACACUAAUCUUGACUGACCACAAGGGACAGGGACAUGGGGAUGGACAACGGCUGGCUCACAGUGGAAAGCAGCAGGUAUCUCUAUGACUUUGAACCUGCGUCCUGUGCGUAUUUAUGCACAGCUAAGUUCCGCUGUGUUCCAAAGCAGAGUUAGAAAUGUAUCUGUAAGCUGUGUGGCUGCAAUCCUAUAUAUACAUUUUGGCAUGCAUGGUAGACAGAAUAAUUAAUACAUACAUACCUUAUGUGGGAAUACUCCAUUCCAGUUGUGUCUUUCAUCCAAAAAUGUAUAGGAUUUUGAUGUGACUAUUUUUGACCCCAUAUGCUGCAGUUCUGUGCUGUCUUGCAUUGUAGUUGAUCCCAGCAACUCUUUGGGACUUAACAUUUGAGUAAACAUGCUUAAGGGUUGGUUGUAUGUUUCAAAAGCUGAAAUUGGCACCUACUUCUUAGCAGAAAGCUUCAAAUUUAUGCAUGCAUUUUACAUACAAGUCCUAGUGAACUCUUUGAAUUUACUCCUCAGUUACCUUGCCAUGAUUGCGUGUCUACCAUUCCUGCAUGCUUACCUGGGAGUAAGCCCCAUUGAAUGCUGGGCAAAUUAACUUCCAAAUAAGCACAAUUCCCACAGCAAGCACAAACCUGUGUGCGUUUACCAAGUCACAUUACCUUUUACAGUCAUUGCCUCUCAGCCUAAUCUACCUCGCAGGGUUGUCCUGGAGGGGGGAUCAAAGGAGAUUUGGGAGAACUACCGGGAUACACCAUCUUAAACAUCUUGGGGGGUGCGGGAAAUGUGGGACAUAAAUGAAAUAAUAAACCCCUGUGGGUGCUUGGCUUAGGGAGAAAAGCAGCAAGGUUUAUUUCCGAGUAACGCAUGCAAUGCAAGCGAAAUGGGUUUAACCCGCGGUGGGGGCGGGGUCGUUGCCACCUUGCCACGACUACAUGAGCUGCGGGAGGGGGGUGCCCUUCUCCCCCCACUGCGCUUAAGUUUAGCCUGGGCCUGGAAGGUAGGCCUCGUUGCCAUGGUGACCGCGGCCUACCUUUGGGCUCGGGUAAUCCGAACCGGCUCUCAACUGACGCUGCCGAGCUCGCAUGGAGGGAGCCCAGCCGGAGAAUGCACAUAUAGAAGACAUAACUCAGCAGCUCAAGGAAGAAGGGGUUGACACUACAGCGCCUGCAAACGACCAGCUCUGUUAUGUCUGGAGUUUGUUCUUACGCAGUCAAGAGGAGUUGCAUUCUGCUGCUGGAGAGUUAGAGAAACUCAGGCGACAGCAAGUGGAAGAGAUGAGAGAGGUGGAAAAUUACGUGGCCCACAUCCGUACGUUGACAGAAGCGCGGGAUGCUCUGGCAACUGCAUUCGAGAGAGAAAAUGUGCAGCUUAGGGUGGAAGUUACACAGCUACAACUUGAGCAAGAAUCUCAGCAGAAGGAAGUGGAAGAAAUGUUGGAGCAGGAAGGCUUGUUUGAUAUCGCCCACAGCAGCCCCAGUGAACAGGUUGCUUAUUUGCUGGUUGAGAGAAGCACCCUGCUAGAGAAGAUAGAUGCGCUGGAGCAAAAACUGCAAUCCCCCAGCUGUUUGGAAAGCCUUUGCGCUGCUCAGCUUCAGGAUCAGUUGGAUCACAUCCAGCGGACACUAGAAGAUGAGCUUCAGGAGCAACGGAAAUCUAUGCAGUGCACCAAAGAGAUGAUGCAUAAAUCUCAUGCUGAAGAGCUGGCUAGACAAAGCGCCUUGCUCAGACACACUGAGCAGCACUUGGAGGAAGCCACACACAGGUUGCAGUUGGCACAGGCAGAGAUCCAGAGGCUGACAGAAGAAUUGGCCACGCAGAAGGAAAACCAGAGCAAAAUGGCUCCAUCCAUGGCAGAGAGCUUGAAAGAAGAGGCGAAUAAGGUGAAAGACAAUGAAAUGUCAGAGCUACAGAAGGCCCGGGAGCUGAACAUCCGAUUGGACCAAGAAAUCCUGGCAUUACGCAGCAGAGUCCAACUCCUCGACUCGGAGAGACAAAUGUUCUUGGAGCAGGCUGAAAAGCUUGAUGCGGAGAUUCCCAAGUAUCAGGUGACUGAGGAAGAGCCAAGAUACGUAUUAGCCAGGAUGGACCAAACUAAAGAACAUGAAGGCUGCUUGUUGCAGGAUAAAAAGGGAAAGCUGAAAGCUGAAGAAGAGACCAGCAUUUUGGAUGAAGCUGCCUCAGAAACUGAACAUAACAAGGCCCUUCAUCAGAGGUGCCGCCAAGCCAUUGAAGGCGUGGAAUGCCAAAACUCGCAGCUCCUGCACAAGCUCCGGAAGUUGGAGCGGGAACACGAGGAUCUGGUGGAGAGGAAUGAGGAGCUGGAGUCCCUCCUGGGGGAGACACAGAACCAGACUAAGGAUGAGCGGGAGCAGUUUGAGUGUGAAGUGGACGGACUGCAGAGGAAGAUUUCUCGUUUAGAGGCAGAACUGUGGAAAGCGCAGAAGAGUAAAUCCGAUAUGCCUGACGAAGAAACAAGCGAAGUGGCAGAUUCCCAAGAGGUGGAGAAAAGUAAGCGAGAGAAAGUGGAAGAGCUGGAAAGCAAACUCUUGGAGGAGACAGAGUGGAGGAAGCAGCUGGCCUGCAACCUUGAAAUGACACAGAAAGCAUUGAAAGAUGGAAAGAAGGAGCUGCACAGUUCCAAGUCAGAGCUUCUGCGGCUUCGGGGAGCAGCUGAGGAAAGAGAUUUUCUGCAUGUGACUCUUGAGAAACUGCAGCAGGAGAAUGUGAUGCUGGAAAUGAAGGUGUCAGAGCUCUUCCAGGAAUGUGAACAGCUCAACCAUGUUCUUACAGAAGGGAAAAAACCUGGGGAAAUAUCAUUGGCAAGCCGGAGGAUGUGCACUGAACUGACAACUAAGGAGAGGGCUUUGGAAGAUCAGAUCCACAGCCAGGGAGAAGAAAGAGAGCAGCUGCGUGUUAAAUUGUUAGAGAGCAAGAAGAAAACUGAGGAACUAGAAAAGAAGGUUAAGGAGAGCUAUGAAGAGAGAAGGCGCCUGUGGGAAGAAAACAUGCAGUUAAGGAAAGAUAUCCUGGAUCUCCAAUGUCAGUUUAACACCAAGAGCACGGCAAAUGUCAGGGCAAAACGUGAGGCUGGCUUUGGAGAGAAUCCACCCCGCAAGACUCAGACUCCCAUGGGGAGCACAUAUGGGGAACCGAAGCAGGGUCUGCUGGGGGAGAGACCUGAGCAGAAGGAGGAUGGGUAUCUUCUCUGGCAGGAUGUUCAGCGCAUCCAGAACUUGGGCAGCUCUGCCGAGAAGGAGCUGAGGUAUGAAAGGGAGAAGAACUUGAAAUGCAACAUCUUGCUUCAGCAAGAAAACAUCAAGAUCAAAGCCGAGCUGAGGCAAAUGCAGCUGAAGCUCUCCGACUCCGCCAAGGCCUGUUCGUCACUCACUUCACAGUGGGAGCUCAGCCAGCAGAAGGUCAAAGAGCUGGAGCUGGAGCUGCUCAGGCAGUCGCAGGCAGCCAAGCAGCAGAGCGGCCUGAGGGAAAAGCUCACCCAGGAGAAAGCCAGGGCCACUGAGGCUGAGAGAAAGAUUUUGGACCUGCAGCAAACACUGAAGGAAUCUCACCACCAAGUACGGCUCUCCGAGACCAGCAUCUUGGUGAGGAAGCAGCUGGAGGAACAGCUGAAGGAGGCCAGGGAAGAGGAAACCAAGGCCCAGCGGCAGUUCCAAGAGGAGCAGCGAAAAAGGAAGCUCCUGGAUCAGCAGACAGAAGACCUGCAGCAGCAGCUCAGGCACUCCCGGGAGAGCGAGGCACAGCUGGCCAGGACCUUUGCUGAGCUGCAGAUCCAGCAUCAGCAUCAGGAGGCCCAGUUGCGGAUCCUGGAAGAAGAGAAGAAAACCCUCUCCAAUGAGCAUCUCCAGUGUCAGAAAUACAGCCAGAAGAUUUCAGGGCAGCUGUUGGGGUUGCAACAGGAGAGGGAAACCCUCCGGGAAGAGUAUGAGCACAUCCUGAAGGAGGUGGCCAUUUCUGUCAGGAAACAGAAAGAGCGACAGCUCCGGCAUAAGGCCAAGCUCCGGCGAGCGAAGGAGACCUUCAUCUGCGAAGUGAAGCAGCGUGAUGUCCGCAUCAGGCACCUUGAGAACGAACUCAAGCUCUCCAAAAGUCAGUCAGAAAAGGAUGCAAUGCUGAUUGCGCAAGUGACCACUGAAAACGACAUUUUACUCCAAGAAAAGCGGAAGCUCACUCAGCAGCUCCACAAACUGGAGGAAGCGGAGCGGAGCAGCAAGCAGGACCUCUCCACAAUCCAGAGCAGAGUGCGGCUUCUGGACGAGGAGAACAAGCAGCUCCAGGAAUGGACCCUGCAGCUGACGGGUCAGGUUGGGCUCCUGGAGCGGGCGCUGAGGAGCAUUCAUAGCCACAGCUUGGAGGAGCUGAAGAGUAUCGGCUUCUCUGAAUUCCAACCGCAAAGCAAAGUUCUCCCCCUUCGCAGCGUAAGCUUCUCAGUGAUGGAGCUUUCGGACUCUCACAGCCUUCUGAAAGCCGUCCAGGAUGGUAAACCCGAGGACCACACAGAAAGGUCUCUGCUUGCCUCUUUGCCCUGCCCACCUUCGGAGAUUGGCUACUUGAACGUGGCUUCUCCCGGGGAUACUCCAGACUUACGCACAGAGGAGCAGAGUCAAGCCUUGUGCUGUGAUCAUGUCUAAGGGGACAAAGGGGAAAUUCCGAAGUAGAAUAACAGCACAGAGACCUCUUGUCAUUGCUAGGUAGUAUUGCUUCCAUUUGUCAGGCUGCUUUAUCAGACUUUUAGCUUUAAAGAAAACUUUCUAAAGACCUUACUGUCUUUGUUAAAAAUGUGACUUGUACAGAUGUAGUUAUGAGUCUUUAAAAUAUAUUUUUUUAAUUAAAAUUUGUAAAUUAUAACAAGAGAGGGAUAGUUUUACAUACAAAAAAAGGAAAAUAGCAAAACUGUUCGUUCCUUCAUUUUUUUCAUUUGACAAGUCUAUAUGAGGAUUCCAUACCUUAAGUAAAUGCCCACUUGAAAGGAAAAUACAACUGCUUUGUCUUCUCCUGCUGGAUCUUAUGCCACAUAUUAUUUAUGUCUUUUAUCUUGUGCCAGAUUUUUAAAUAAAUAUUCCAUAAAUGUAUCUGUGACAAACUUUUUGAACAAAGGAGGACUCAAAAGGUUGCAUCCAAUUAAGGUAAACUCUGAAUAGACUUGCUGAAAUUAAUAGUCCUGCCCACACAUUCAGUGUGUCUACUCUGAGUAAGAGUAACAUUGGACAUAA